AUGUGGUUGGUCCCCGACGAAAAGGGAUGGCUGAUGAACAUGCGGCCAGUGGACUACGAUCUCGCAAAGCCACCGGACACAGUGAUGUGGCGCGCUUAUAGACAGUGCGUUGGGCAUCCCGUAGUGGUUCCUCAAGAUCUUCAAGCCCGGUUUUUACUCCUUCCCACUAUCGAUUAUGAAUACACCCGGUUCCUUGGCCGGGAGACCAAGUCGAAGCACAGCAGAGAUCAUCUCUUUCCACCGGCGAUCGAGGAAUUCUCAACGGAGGACCUCAUAAGAGACGACAUUCCAGUACCACCAGUUGACAUUCCAGUAAGCUCUUAAAUAUAAACUAGAAAGUUGUGAAGGACAA